AAACUGAAAUAGUUAUCUUCUUUCGGCUUCAUAUUCCCCUCGAUGGUUAAAUGUCACUGAUUUCCUCUCUUCUGGGUUUUCCUCAGUUGACCACAGUUUCUCUGGGUUUUCGUGUUUCCGAAUGGUUAUCUGAAUCAGCGUAGAAAACCCAACUGGUUUGGGAUGUGUUCUUCACGUCUGGACUAAUAUCAGCUCUUCAAAACAGUCAAAGUCUGAAUCUUUCAGCUUUGAAAGAGGUAGAGUUUUUCUGUUUAACAACUUCUCAUUUACUUGGUUUAUACAUAUUUCAGUGGCAAGCUUCUGAAUUUGAUUGAUAACCUAACAUGUGAAGCUUUAUGAUGAACUUAAGUCGGUGAGUAGGCAAAAAGUAUGAAUUACAUUAAGAUUAUGGGAGAAUGGUUUUAGUGCUCAUGGAUUGUUAUUUGUAUUUGUAUCCAGAUUGAUUUAGGCAUAGUAUUUGUUCCUCUUGAAGAUAAUUUAAUGGGUUUGUUGCUCAUUUACAAUGUGUGUCUGCGAGUAGAGUCAUUAUUUUUUUUCAGAUUGAGGUGGGGGAUGGAUAUACACAAAGAAAGCAAGGAGCAGAUUUCGUCAGACUCCCUUUUGCAAUGGGGCCAAUGGCAACUGCUUGAUUCUAUCCUCCCAACCGGCGGUUUUGCGCAUUCCUUUGGUCUUGAGGCUGCAAUCCAAGCUCGGAUAGUCUCUGGUCCUGAAGAUCUCCAAACUUUUGUAAUUCAUCAUUUAGAAAAUACUGCUAGCUUUCUCCUUCCUUUUGUGUAUUCUACAACAAUAUCACCUGAUCUGGAGAGUUUGCGUAGAAAUGAUAAGAUAUUGGAUGCAAUGCUAACUAAUGAAGUGGGUAGAAAGGCAUCUAUUGCACAAGGGUCUGCUCUGAUGAGAGUGGCUGCAGCUGUGUAUUCAGAAAUACCGUCUCUUAAAUCUAUGAGGGAGGCUUCUUUAACUAAUGGAGUUGUUUCUUUUCACCAUGCUCCUAUAUUUGGGCUUAUAUGUGGAUUGCUUGGGUUGGAUAGCAAUACUUCUCAAAGAGCUUUCAUGUUUAUCACAAUGAGAGAUGUUAUUUCUGCUGCAACAAGGCUGAAUUUGGUCGGACCCCUUGGUGCCGCUGUUCUGCAACAUCAUAUUGCUCCAGUUUCUGAAGCUAUACUGAAUCAAUGGAAAGACCGUCCGGUUGAGGAAGCAUGCCAAGCUGUUCCUUUGCUUGAUAUUGUUCAGGGUUGUCACAACUACCUGUUUUCUAGAUUAUUCUGUUCUUGAAGGCCCAAAUAGACAUAUCAACUGAUGGAGUCUGCCUGAACUUUAGAUCAUGUCAUGGCAACAAGGAAAACUGGUUUUGGUUUGACGGUCCGCAUGGACAUGAAUCUGAUGCUCCGGUAACCUUGGUGGAUUCAGAAGAAUUUCUAGACUCUCGUGAAUGCCUGAGUGAAUUGUGGCGGAGGAACGUUUGCUAAUGCCUAUCCCAGAAGAGCUAUGUUUGAGAAGCUCGUUCAGAAGCUUUCUGUGGUUACUGAUAUGGCUACUAGGCUACUAUUAUGUUAUCAUUCGACAUCACUGUGUCCUUAUUGGGAAGUGCUGACUAUGAUCAUGUAAUUACUUGGAUUGCAAAAGAAAUCAUCUUUUUAAAAGGGGAUGAGGUUAUAGAGCUGUCCAUCUCAUCAUAUUAACCAAAACUCACUCCUGCAACUAGAUUGUUCAUUCUUGAUUUGAAGAAAUUAAGACUUGAGAGUUUGGAAGAAACUGUAAUUAGA